ACGCUUCUUUAACUUUAUAAAACAGGUUUGGAAUAGUAAUCUGAGAUAUUUUCAUAUGAUUUUUCACAGACAAAAACCUCCAAAAGGGUGCUACCUUGCAUGGUUGCCACCCUUUGGCUAACACCAAGGUUUCAAAGUAUGGAUCAUUCUACAAGUGGCCCAGAUGCUCAAGGCAUACGCUGUGACAAUAGAACUGGGGGACGUUUGUCCAAGGAGCAGAUCAAAUCACUUCAAAAGCAAGAUGUGAAGCCAAAGGAGAUAAAAUUGGAAUGGGGCAAAGGUCUAGCUCAAAAGUGGGAAGCAGAAGCAAGAGUGCAUGAAUUAGAACUCGAGAAGGCCAAACCCUUUGCAAGGACAAAAGAUGAUCAUGAUCUUAACAAUAUGCACAAGGGCAAAGCAAGAUGGGGCGACCCGAUGGCACAUUAGGUGAAGCUUAUGCCACACAGAAACCUCUUGUCGAAAAGACGUACGCAGAUUUGCGAUCUCGGCAGCAGUGGCAAGACCGUCCUCUCCCCAAUCCAAUACCUUCACUGUAAGUUCUCAAAACACAUAAGUUGAAAGAAACAUGAAAUAAUUAUUAGAAAAAGUUUUAGAUCAGUAUAUAUUCCAUGUCAGGGGAAAAUUAUGCUUACAUAGAGGGUGUUUGGAUGUGCUUAAGUUGGAAUUAUGAACUUUUUAGUGUUAGUUAAUAAUGAUAGUGAUUUUUUUGAAUAUCGGAGUCGUAAUAAUCACUUUGUAAAUGCACAUCCAAACACCCUCAUGAUCAUAAACAAAUCCCUCUAAUAACGUAUGAAUUCGGAUGUUCAAAACAAAUCCCUCGUGUUAUGUUGAAUUUCGGGUCUGAACGGCUUUCGGGUCGGGUCAGGUCGGAACGGGUUCGGGUCAAAACGGGUUUCGGGUCGGGUCGGGUUGGUUAAAAAAAUGUUUUUUUAAGUGACUGUACAUCAAGGGGCCAUUUUGUCGGGGUUCGACACGAACCGUAUCGUUUGAGAUUUUCGAUUUCAACAGGUGAUUGACGGUUAACAUUGUGAUAAUUUUGAACAGAUUCGAUAGGUGUUUGAUAAGAUUUGUUUUGAUUUAAUGCACAAGUGAUAACAACUAUAACAGUUAACAGAAAACAAACUCAGUUGAAUGUUUUGAACGGAUAAAAUGACAUUUAGUGAUCAUAUUGUUCAGUGAUUUGUCAAACAGUUAAUACAAAAGUUCUGUUCGAAUACUGUUAAAAGAUUUGAGUUUCGGAUUGAUUCAGACGAAUUUUUGAUUUGUGUCAGUGAUUUUUGAUUGAUUUCGAACUGAUUCGAUUGAUUUAGUCGUGAUUACAGUUUGUUUCGGAUCGUUUCAAAGUUAUACAAACUGUUUUUGUGAUUGAUUUUCGGUCAA